GGCCGCCCCAGCCGCCGCUUUCCCCGCCCUCCGGCCGCGGCCCCGGCCCGAGACCCCCGAGACCCCUUCAGACCCCGGGGACCCUCCCGGGAUCCCCCAACAUGGGCUUCCUGAAGCUCAUCGAGAUCGAGAACUUCAAGUCGUACAAGGGCCGGCAGAUCAUCGGGCCCUUCCGCCGCUUCACCGCCAUCAUCGGCCCCAAUGGCUCCGGCAAGUCCAACCUGAUGGACGCCAUCAGCUUCGUGCUGGGCGAGAAGACGAGCAACCUGCGGGUGAAAACGCUGCGGGAUCUGAUCCACGGCGCUCCCGUGGGGAAACCCGCGGCCAGCCGGGCCUUCGUCAGCAUGGUGUACUCGGAGGAGGGCGCCGAGGACCGGACCUUCGCCCGCGUCAUCGUCGGCAGCUCCUCGGAGUACAAGAUCAACAACCGGGUGGUGCAGCUGAGCGAGUACAGCGAGGAGCUGGAGAAGCUGGGCAUCCUCAUCAAGGCCAGGAACUUCCUCGUCUUCCAGGGAGCCGUGGAGUCCAUCGCCAUGAAGAACCCGAAGGAGCGCACGGCGCUGUUCGAGGAGAUCAGCCGCUCCGGGGAGCUGGCCCCCGAGUACGACAAGCGCAAGAAGGAGAUGGUGAAGGCCGAGGAGGACACGCAGUUCAACUACCACCGCAAGAAGAAUAUUGCUGCCGAGCGCAAGGAGGCCAAGCAGGAGAAGGAGGAGGCGGAUCGGUACCAGCGCCUCAAGGACGAGGUGGUUCGGGCCCAGGUGCAGCUGCAGCUCUUCAAACUCUUCCACAACGAGGCCGAGAUCGAGAAGCUCAACAAGGAGCUGGGGCUGAAGAACCGCGAGAUCGACAAGGACAAGAAGAGGAUGGACAGGGUGGAGGACGAGCUCAAGGACCGCAAGAAGGAGCUGGGCAAGAUGAUGAGAGAGCAGCAGCAGAUCGAGAAGGAGAUCAAGGAGAAGGACUCGGAGCUGAACCAGAAGCGGCCCCAGUACAUCAAGGCCAAGGAGAACACGUCCCACAAGAUCAAGAAGCUGGAGGCGGCGCGGAAGUCGCUGCAGAACGCCCAGAAGCAGUACAAGAAACGCAAGGCAGACAUGGACGAGCUGGAGAAGGAGAUGCUCUCCGUGGAGAAAUCCCGGCAGGAGUUCGAGGAGCGCAUGGAGGAGGAGAGCCAGAGCCAGGGGAGAGACCUGACUCUGGAGGAGAACCAGGUGAAGAAGUACCACCGGCUGAAGGAGGAGGCCAGCAAGCGCGCGGCCACGCUGGCCCAGGAGCUCGAGAAGUUCAACCGCGACCAAAAAGCCGACCAGGACCGGCUGGACCUGGAGGAGAGGAAGAAGGUGGAGACUGAGGCCAAGAUCAAGCAGAAGCUGCGGGAGAUCGAGGAGAACCAGAAGCGCAUCGAGAAGCUCGAGGAGUACAUCGCCACCAGCAAGCAGUCCCUGGAGGAGCAGAAGCGGCUCGAGGGCGAGCUGACCGAGGAGGUGGAGCUGGCCAAGCGCCGCAUCGACGAGAUCAACAAGGAGCUGAACCAGGUGAUGGAGCAGCUCGGGGACGCCCGCAUCGACCGCCAGGAGAGCAGCCGGCAGCAGCGCAAGGCCGAGAUCAUGGACAGCAUCAAACGCCUCUACCCCGGCUCCGUGUACGGCCGCCUCAUUGACCUGUGCCAGCCCACGCAGAAGAAGUACCAGAUCGCCGUGACCAAGGUGCUGGGCAAGAACAUGGACGCCAUCAUCGUGGACUCGGAGAAGACGGGCAGGGACUGCAUCCAGUACAUCAAGGAGCAGCGCGGGGAGCCCGAGACCUUCCUGCCCCUCGACUACCUCGAGGUGAAGCCCACGGACGAGAAGCUGCGGGAGCUGCGGGGGGCCAAGCUGGUGAUCGAUGUGAUCCGCUACGAGCCGCCCCACAUCAAGAAGGCGCUGCAGUUCGCCUGCGGGAAUGCGCUGGUGUGCGACAACGUGGAGGACGCCAGGAGGAUCGCCUUCGGGGGGCACCAGCGGCACAAGACGGUGGCCCUGGACGGGACGCUGUUCCAGAAGUCGGGGGUGAUCUCGGGCGGCGCCAGCGACCUCAAGGCCAAAGCGCGGCGCUGGGACGAGAAGGCCGUGGACAAACUCAAGGAGAAGAAGGAGCGGCUGACGGAGGAGCUCAAGGAGCAGAUGAAGGCCAAGCGCAAGGAGGCCGAGCUGCGCCAGGUGCAGUCCCAGGCCCACGGGCUCCAGAUGCGCCUCAAGUACUCGCAGAGCGACCUGGAGCAAACCAAGACGCGGCACCUGGCGCUCAACCUGCAGGUGGGCACAGCUUUGGGGUGA